AUGCCGGCAGGACACAGCAGGAGGCUGCAGCAGUAUCUGGUGGUCCUGGCCGUGACCUGGGGUGCCACCAUCUUCCCCCCAACAGCCCAGGCUUUGCAGAGGAUCGCGCUGCGGAGGAUGCCGUCCAUCCGGCAGACGCUGCAGGAGAUGGGGGUGAAGGUGUCCGAGGUCUUCCCCGAGCUGAGGCACAGCAGGAGCGGCAGCGCGGCCGGUCCCAAGAACGGGACGGCUCCCACCCUGCUCACCAACUACCUGGAUACGCAGUAUUUUGGUGAGAUCAGCAUCGGGACCCCUGCACAGACCUUCAAGGUGGUUUUUGACACGGGCUCAGCCAACCUCUGGGUGCCGUCCUACAAGUGCUCCCCCCUCUACAGCGCCUGCAUUUCCCACAGCCGCUACGACUCCUCCAAGUCCCGGACGUACAUAGCCAACGGCACAGGCUUUGCUAUCAGCUAUGGAACAGGGAGUGUCAAAGGCUUCCUCAGCCAGGACGUUGUUAUGGUAUCAGACAUCCCCAUCAUCCAGGUCUUUGCUGAGGCCACGGUGCUGCCUGCCUUCCCCUUCAUCUUCGCCAGGUUCGAUGGGGUCCUGGGGAUGGGCUACCCCAGCCAGGCCAUCGAUGGCAUCACCCCUGUCUUCGACCGGAUCCUUUCCCAGCAGAUCCUCAAGGAGGACGUGUUCUCAGUCUACUACAGCCGGAAUGCUGCCCUGAAACCUGGAGGUGAAAUCAUCCUCGGAGGCACUGACCCAGCCUACUACACUGGGGACUUCCACUACCUGAAUGUCAGCAAGAGCGGCUACUGGCAGAUCAGCAUGAAGGGGGUGUCUGUGGGGGCUGAAAUGCUGUUCUGCAAGGAUGGCUGCUCAGCUGCUGUUGACACGGGAGCAUCCUACAUCACCGGCCCUGCUGGCCCCAUCUCUGUGCUGAUGAAAGCCAUUGGGGCAGCCGAAAUGGCUGAAGGAGGAUACGUGGUGGGUUGUGACCAAGUCCCUCAGCUGCCCAACAUCUCCUUCCACCUGGGUGGGAAGGUCUUCGGGCUCAGCGGCUCAGCCUACAUCCUUCGGCAAUCCCAGUAUGGGGAGGACAUCUGCGUGGUGGCUUUCUCAGGGCUGGACAUCCCACCCCCGGCUGGUCCUCUCUGGAUCCUGGGUGCCAGCUUCAUUGGGCACUAUUACACCAAGUUCGACCGGCGCAACAACCGCAUCGGCUUUGCCACAGCUCGCUGA